AUGGGCUGGGCGUGCUGGUGCAGCGGCCGGCAGAGGCAGGCGGAGCGGCUGCACGGCUGUGUGGACCGCGCCUUGAGGGACGGGCUGUGCCGCGACCCGGGCUUCGUGGCCGCGCUGCGCUUCCUGCUGGCCUACGUCGAGGGCGGCUCCGAGCUGCGGCCCGCCCCGCAGGACGUACUGCAGGACCACCUGGACGAGUUCCGGCUGCCGUACAACAGCUCGUACGCCCACGUGCGCCCGUACCGGGAGAUCCCGCCCGAGGCGUUCGCCCCGCCGGAGGGGCAGGUGGCGCCCCAGGUGAACUAUGCUGUGUACCAGUUCCUGCCGGCCAGCGACCGGUUCCCCUUCUCCGCCGAGCCGGGCUCGCGCCUCCCGCUGCUCGGCCUGUUCACCCAUCGGCCCGCGCUGCACGCACUCAGGCAAACAGGGUUGUCCAGCGUGGACUCGGCCUUCAGCAUCCCGGAGCUGAGUUCGCCGAGGGGUCUCCGGAUCCCCAAACCACCUCCGACGUCUCAGGAAAUGACGAAGGACGAGGGCUACGGCACGCCCAGCCAGGAGUGCGCGGAGGCGGAGCCCGGCGGGGCGGACGCGUGGGGCCCCGCGCCGCGCCAGGACACCCGCCCCGGCAAGGAGCCGUGCUUCCUGCUGGAGGUGUCGCCCGAGGACAUGCGGCACGCGUGCCUGGCACAGGCCCUGGAGCAGCUUCACUCCCAGGGCUCCGCCCCUCCAUGCCCCCGUCACCUGCCUCGCGCCCUGCUGCUGUCCCACCUGCGCUAUCUGGCCGCCGGCAUCGAGUCCACCACGUUCGUCUACAACCAGGAUGUGCAGGCGUUCGAGAUCCAGCAGGAUGUGUGCAUGGAGGGCAUGGCUCCCGGGACGUUCUCGUCGCUGUGCGAGGACUUCCUGGCGUGCGGCACGCUCUGCCGCAGGCUGCAGGGCCUGGCGUGCGCGGGCGAGCCUGCCGGGGGCCUCGUCUACAAGGUGCGUGCUGCGCGGACAGCAGAGAGAUUGGGCUGUGCAAGGGCGGACAUCGUGCACUUCCCCAAGACUAGAGGAGAUGGCCUGAAAGAAGGCGGCGUGCAGGAGCGUGCGGGCCUACCUGACGCUGUACCGCCACGCCGUGCUGAGCGUGCCCACAGACUCCCUGACGCGCGCGCGCGCUCCCUGCUGGAGGUGCACGGCGUGCAGCUGGCGUGCCUGAGGGACGUGCUGGACGCAGGGCCCAGGGCCAGCGCGCUGCUGGCGCGUCUGUGCGGCCAGUUGCGCGCCGUGUCGCGCGCCGACCUCGCCUGCCUGCUGUGCUCCGUGCUGCUGUCCUGCUGCCGCGCCUACUUCAGCUUCCUGGAGAAGUGGAUCUUCGAGGGAGAGUGCAGCGACGUGUACGGGGAGUUCUUCAUCCAGGCGGUGCCCGAGUGGCAGAGUGGCGGGGGGCGCAGCUACUGGAGCCGGGGGUUCUCCCUGGACGAAGCGGAGGUGCCGUGCUUCCUGCGCGGUCUGCACGACUCCGUGCUGCAGUGCGCCAAGACCGUCGCGCUGCUGAAGCUCUGCAGCCCCAAGGACCCACUGUGCGUGGCGGCGGAGCACAGCCGUCCCGGGGUGCGCUGCUGCGCGACGCAGGCCGGCCUGGAGCGACUGCAGGCGCGGUUCGCGCGGCACGAGGCGGCGUGCCAGCGGCUGUGCGGGGAGCCGGUGUCCGUGCGGCAGUUGCUGCAGCGCGCCGACGUCGACCUGGGCGCCGUGCAGCGGGCACGCGCCGGCCGCCUGCUGUGCAUCCAGCGGGCGGGGGAGGCGCGGGCGGCGGCCACACGGGACGGCAAGCGGCGGCUGCUGGCGGAGCAGCGGGAGCAGAUGGAGCUCGCCCAGGCGCGCAGGCUGCAGUUAGCGCAGCGCGAGCGCGAGGAGGAGGAGGCCAGGCGACAGGCCCGCGAGCCCCCGGAGGAGCAGCGGCUGGUGCAGUCGGAGAGAGAAGCGCUAGUGCAGUUCUACGGCUUGUUGACGGAAGCCACCGACAAAAUAAUUAGGGACGCACAGAUGGCAAUAGAGGAGGUACAGGAUAACGCAAGACACGCAGAUACUGGCAUCACUCUGCCUUCGCCGAACAACAACUCCCAGGAGAAUGCUCUGAACAUCGCCAACAUCGUGCACUCGACACACACCGACGACCAUCUCAACAACCCGAUCAUCACGACGCCCAACGGCAACGUUCACUUCCCGGACCCGAACAGCAACGAGGUGACAGCGACGCGACUGAAAGAGGACGUCGACAACGCGAACGCGGGCGUGGAUCUCAUCUGCCACAAGCUGGACGCCGCGGUGCCCAACAUAAACGUGCAGGCGCGCGGGAAGAGGAGGGACCCCCCGGGCAGCCUGCCCCUCACGCCGUGGCACAGCGAGGCUCAGAGGAACAAGCACAGGGCACUGUACGAGGACUUCGGCAUGGGCGGCGUCGUCACGGGCGAGGCAGAGGCCCGGAGGAAGAGUCUCGCCCCGGACACCGACCUGGAGAGGAACAGGAACCGAGUGUUGCAGAGCAGCAUCGGCAUUGGCUUGCGUUGCAAGGAAUGGCCUGCGACGAGUGUCGGUCCAGACACGGCUGCGGUGCUCCGUGGCGACGACUCGAGCAGCACUGGGGUGAAUGCCGUAUGCGUGGGUGCGUCUCCUGAAGUGUCGGAGCCAGCAGAACCAGUGUCCCCAGAUGUUGCUAGCGAUGUGCAGUCGAGCGAGGCCGGUACAGCUACGAGAGAGAGCUGUGUGGAUGUGGAACAGGGAGAGCUGGAGCCAGGGGUGCCAGUGUCCCCGAGUGUUGGCAGUGAUGCUGGCGCAGCUACAAGAGAGAGCACGCAGCUCCCGAGGACUGGGCGGUGGCUGGAGGACUUCCCAGAGGUGGUGGACAUUGCGGGGCACGUGCUUGGCGGGAGCGUGACGGAGUCGCCCGGCCGAGAGAGCCCCGAUGCGCUGGCCGUGCUGUCGGCGCUGCGACGCUCGGUGCUGGUGCCCUUGCAGGCCCAGGCACGACUCGCCAACGCCCAACUGCUGCGCCACCUGUUGGUAGACUGCAGCCUGCUGUCGCACCUGCUCGCCCUGCACCGCUUCUUCUUCCUGCUGGACGGGGAGUUCUCUCGCACGCUCACCACGGACCUGCUGGAGCGCAUGUACCGCGCGCGUCGCCCCAUGGACAUGCUCAACGUGUCGACGCUGGGCGCCGUGCUGGCCCGCGCCCUGGCCGCCUGCUCCACGCCCAACGGCUCGCACCUCAGCUUCAGGGUGAACAGCGUGCCUGACGUGUUCAAGCACGCCAGCCCGUCCGUGCUGAGCUGCCUGGCGCUGCACUACCACGUCGCCUGGCCGCUCGACAUCGUCAUCUCCGGCUCCGCCCUCGACAAGUACAACGCUGUGUUCGGCUUCCUACUGAAGCUGCGACGCAUCUCGUGGGUGAUGGAGCAGGACUUCCACUGGCUGAAGGGCGUGCGGCUGGACCGAGGCGCGCUGCUCGCGUCCCCGCAGUACCACAGCGUGCAGCUGUGGCGACACGACAUGAUGCACGUGGUGUGCGCGCUGCAGAGCUACCUGCUGGGCGUGGUGCACCACCACAGCUGGACCCAGCUGCAGCGCGGCCUGGAGGGAGCGAGCACGCUCGACCAGCUGUGUCGCCUGCACGCCCUCUACCUCCGCCAGGUCCUCCAGAGGUGCUUCCUGGACCCCAAGUCGCAGCCCAUGGAGGUGGCCCUGCAGAACCUGUGCCGUGUCAUCCUCAAGUUCCACGGCGUGCUGCGCGGCCAGCAGUGGGCGCGAGUCCCCGGCGCGGCCUGCUACACGCACCCCUCCUUCCCCCGCCUCGGCGACACCUACAAGGCCUUCCGGCACCUCUGCCACUUCGUGUACCACCUGUGCGUGAAGAUAGCCACGCACGGCUACCAGACCCACGUGUUGUGCCUGCUGCAGCUGCUCAACAUGAACGGCUACUACGGCGACGAGGGCCAGGUAGACCACGGCGGCGAUCCCUGACGCACGGGCGAUCGCGUUGGUAGCGCCGGCGUUGCCUCAGAGCAGUUGGUAGCCGUGCAAGCUGCCGGGGGUAAUCAGUCGGUGGAUAUCCAUGCUACUCUCUCGCUUGGUGCCACAACCUAAUGGCAACUGUAGGCACUGGCAAUUCACAGGCACCUGUUGAAUUGGAUAGUUGUUCAGUUUGUAGCUGUCACAGUCGUUUAAUAUUUCUGGCAACAGAAUAUGUAUUGCUUUUAGUGUGUUCCUUGCGUGAACUUGUUUCCAUUCUGUAUUACAGUUAUAUUCUCAAUCAUCCACAAUUUCGUCAAUUUUUGUUGCCGAGUGAUGCAAGAGUUUUAGCAAUGCACAUGUGAAGUUUAUUUUUAAUCGUUUCUAACACUAAAGGUGAAGAAUUUUUUUUGCAUAUUUAGGAAUCUCGGGGAUAAAAGUGAACCAUAAAAAAAAUAUAAAAGAUAUUAAGUGUACAUAAUUACUAGUGUAAAUGCCCAAACUGUAUGUGACCAUGCAGAUAUGUAUAUGCAGCAACUCAUUUUUAGUGUGCAUUGUGCAGUUGAUUGCAACUGGAAUACCUUUCAGGAACGUAAUUGCUGUUGCUUUAAUAUUUGUUGCGAUUCCUUGAAUCGAUAAGCUUACCGAAAGAUGACUGUCUAUUGUUAUGGAACCUAUAAUCAGUGUGUGUAUGUAUGUAGUGUUUGCGUGGUCAGUGAUGAUUGGCCCGUGUUGGUGCCAGGCCCUCGCCAGCAGCAGUCUCUUCUGCCUGGAGUACUUGCACGGCCUUGUCCCGACCCCAACAUCCUGCACGUCCUUGCCGGCCGGCGAGAGCCACACCUCGCUGCCAUGUGGCUCCAGUAGUUAGACAUAUCUCACUCUAUCAUUGUUUCACAGCAAAUGGAUUCAGUUUAGCAAAAAUAAAUGUCUAUAAUGAAAAAUUAGUGUCCUAAAUAUAGCAAAAAAUCAAAUAUAUGUUGACAAAACAAAUUAGAGGGUGCAAUUUGCUACACGUGGAGUGCAAAUUAUUUAUAAAAAAAAAACUUUGUUUCAAUAAAUGUGGACAUUCGUUAGUAAAGCAUGUCAUUAUGCCUAGCUACACGUUAUUCUCGUUAUUCUACUAUGACUUCAUAGUGUUUAUGCCACGGGGCAGUAAGAGGCGAGUAAAGUUCUAUCAGUUAUCAUCCCAUUGUUUUUCUCCAUUGAAAUGUUAUACACCGGUAUUUUUGUGUGUUUUACAGAUACUUAAUCUAAUCUAUAGCAAAAAUUAAAAAAAAGGCUUAUGUAAAAUAACUUUAAAGAGUCAUUUGUAAAUGGUUUUGUUAUGAUUUAAAUAUUUUACACACAUGAAAGUUUGUGCAUAUUCCUGGCACGAGCAAAGAUGUGGGUUAUUAGCUAGUUCAAAAUAAAACUAAAUAUCAAAUGCACUUUUGCUUCAUAGCACAAUUGAUAGGCAAGAGCAAAUUAUUAUAUAGCUAUUACACAUUAAAAACAUUUAAUCAUGAAAUUUCACUAAAACUAUUUUAGGGUAUAACAUGUAAAUGUAUUAGAAAAUUAAAAUCCCUGUAGUUUAAUAAUAUCCCACUAGUUAAAAAUUCCAACUUCCAUUGCCAAACAUCCCCUUUAUGCUUGCAUUUGUUUUUUUUUUCCACAUUGGUGUUACAUUUUAGGACAUUGAUAUGGGAUGUAUGUUUUGUUUUACAUAGUUUCAACACUUUGUUUAGAUUUUUGUUCAAUAUUGUUACUGACUUAAGACUGAGCCAUUAAUGUCUUUUUUUUUAUUCACUUUGAUUAGUGUAGCUUUUAGAGUCUAACAUUGAUAUUUUCUUCUUUUAGAAUCGUUUGUAGUAAGAAUUUUGUAUUUUAGCAUGGUGAAAUAUAUUGUUGAUUCAAUGAAAAUUUUAUUAGUGGGGAUGGAAAAAAAAAAGGGGGGGGGGGGGAGGGUUUGUCUGUAAAAUCGGUUUACAAACAAUAAUUUUAUGUUAUAACGUCAUAAGAACACUAUGAAAAAUUGCAUACUUUUAAAUUUUCAAAUAUUAUUUACAGUUUUUGCAAAUUUAAUUUAUAUAAUUAUGUUUAAAUGUAAUCAUGAACAAUUAGUAAAAAAAAGCCCGCCUUAACAUGUUUGAUAUUAUAGAAGAUUUUCUUGCACGGUGGUUGGCUGAUUCUUGCAUGCUCGGCUCAGGCUGAAUGUGACAAUUUUUUGUGCGUGCAAACGACAUCCAUCUAUGUAUAAGAUGUGACCUGGGCACCGGCUAGCACUGCGUUGAAUCUCUGGGCUCUCAGGCGUCACACCACCUGUGCCUGCAACUGCAAGGCGGUUAGCGGAGACACUGGUAAAACACAAUAAAGACCUCUUUCGCAGAGUGCAACUUUAAUUUCACGACUAGCACAAACACGUCCAGUCCCGGCGAUGGAGACAGGGGCACUGGUCUGACCAGUGAAGAGACCCGCGCACCUAAUCAAAUGUCGCGCUGGCGACAAUUGACUCCGUGGUGGCGUCCGUCCGCUCGCCACUUUUUGUUGCACUCUCGCGCACCAUGAUCAUGGUUCACUUGUGAGUGCACACACCUCAGGAGGCAACGACCAGCCAUAACGGCCUGUGCGAGCACUAAAGAAUGUCGUCAGCCUUUCAUUUCUCUUGGAUUCACACACGUUGGUACUUACUACGGAACUGCCACCGUGUUCUACAAAAAUCUUCCACUAGUUGAGAACAGUGAACAAAUUUAUUGAAGCAUCAAAAUAUUUCCAUUGCUCUAAAAAGUUUCUUUUUUAUCUUUAGAUCUUCGAGGACAACCCACUAAUUCCGUAAUGUCCUCACUUUGUUUUACCAUUAUAAUUUUUCUCCUGGUGUUAGUUUCCGAAAAACAGUGUUUUUAUGCACAAUGUGUACAUUUUUAAUGGCAUCUACUAAAGUAUUCCAUGUGAUUAUGGAACAUAUAGGGGUGCAUCAUGUCGCAGCUAAGGCCCAAAGGGUGCCGAGGAGGCAGAGUUGUACCGCUUGCUGCGCACUUCGCUGCUUGCUUCCCUCCAGAUUCGCGAGACGCGUGCCUCUUCUCUCCUCGCCUGCAGUGGGAGUACAUGCAUUUGACAACAUGGAACUAAUACAUACUGUGGAAUAUAUCAUGUGUCUUGUGCCAAUGUGCGCACACCUUAAAGGAACACACUAGUAUUGCGAAUUACACAUAAAUUUCCCCGCAUUUUACAAGUUUUGUAAACAACUUUUUGAUUCCCAGAGACUCCCCAUUUCCCAGAUUUCACCUGCUUGGGAGCUCUGGUGGUUCCCUCUGCUCCUGGACAAAACACGCAGAGUUGCAUCAAGUGGUUUCUUAAAGGAAACAAAUUCUUCAUAAAGCGUUCUGUUCCAUUCACGUUGGAGAUGUUCCAAACUCCGUAAUAACGUGCAAUAUCGUUUAUCAGCCCAAAUACUGUAUUGAGUGUUUCGGCAGUGCAUGCUUCUCUGCUGUAUAGUAUCUUGUAAAUGUAAAAUGUUUUAAUAUUGUUUCAUUAAAUCUUUACAAAA